GACAUUGUUUGGAUCACGUGGAUUGAUUAUGUAAUUGAUGACUGUGUUCAUUAUCAAUUCCAUGACAGAUCGCUCUGAAAUCCAUCGCGAUUCCGCCCUGAGCUGAUCUGAGAGGUGAGAAGAGAGAUGAAAGUUGGGAUUGAGGUGAUAUAAGUGGCAAUUGACUGCUUAAUGUUUAUCUGUUGCUAAUCUCAGCAUAUAUCAACUAACUCAUCACAGUAUCGCACAUCAACUUAUCAGCCCAUCCGCACCUGUUUCUGCAUAACGCGGGGACCCUGCACUUUUCCGGGCUCAACCCCGCGCUCCUCCGUCUGCCUUCUCUUCCUCACCUCUCUCUCCCACGUCACUCAAUCACCCACCAUGAAAGCCCUUCGAUACCACGGAAACCGCGACGUUCGCAUCGAAACUGGCCUGCCCGAGCCCGUCAUCAAGCUGCCCACCGACGUCCUUCUCGCUCCCAAGUGGUGCGGAAUCUGCGGUUCCGAUCUGCAUGAAUUCCUCGGAGGCCCCUCCACCUGUCCCGUCCACCCUCACCCGCUCACGUCCGAGGCAAUCCCAGUCAUCCUCGGCCACGAGUUCUCCGCCGUCGUCCUCGAGGUCGGCCCUGAGGUCUCCGGCCUGAAAGUCGGCGACAAGGUCUGCGUCGAAUCCACCCAGCGAUGCCGCAAGUGCGCAAACUGCCUCGCUGGCAGAACAAACUGCUGCAUCUACGGACCUGCUUUCUACGGCCUCACCGGUCUCGGCGGCGGCCUGGCUGAGAAAGUCGUCGUCCCCGCCGAACAAGUCUUCAAGCUCCCCGACGACCUGCCCAUCGAGUACGGCGCGCUCGUCGAGCCCCUUUCUGUCGCCUGGCACGCCGUCGAGCUCAGCGGCAUCAAGCCAGGCAUGACUGCUCUUGUCUUGGGAUCCGGGCCGAUCGGAAUCGCUACUAUUCUCUGUCUGCAAGCCAAGGGCGCAAAGACCGUGAUUGUUUCCGAGCCCGCACUCGCGAGACGGAAGCAGGCUGAGGAGUUUGCCGUCGACUAUGCAAUUGACCCUUCGAAGGAGGACGCCGUGGCAAGAGUGAAGGAGAUUGUCGGAAUCGAGGGCGUUGACCGAACUUACGACUGCUCUGGCGUGCAGGCCACCUUCAAGGCUUCGCUCACCGCUCUCGCUGUCGGCGGUAUCGCGAUGAACAUCGCGCUCUGGGAAAAGCCGACGCAGUACGAUCCCGCUGACGUCAUGAUGCGUGAGCGAAUCAUCAUGGGAUCGGUUGGCUAUACCGGUAAAGAUUUCGCGGCGGUGAUUGAUGCGAUCGCGACGGGAAAGAUGAAGAACUUUGGAAAGAUGAUUACCGCAAGAGUGCCGGUCGAGGAUAUUAUCGAGGGAGGUUUUAAUGAGCUUAUUAACAACAAGGAUAAGCACAUCAAGAUCAUUGCUACUGUAGCGCCUGAGCUUCUUGCCUAGUUUACUUGUUCAAUGUUAAUGCAACAGACUGUCGAGUAGACUUAUAGACC